AUGCCUCAUGCGGGUGAGCUGCCUGGUCUGGCGGUUGGCCAGUGUGCCGUUUGCAACGCGUCGGCGACAGACCACAAUGUCAUGCUGAGGCAAUGUGCCAACUGUCAUAACGUCCAGUAUUGCUCCCGGACGUGCCAGCGAGCCGACUGGAGACAGCACAAACAGGUCUGUGGUUUCACACCAUCAACCUUCUCCGGACCCGCCAGCGCAUCCAGUACAACAGCCACUGCGAGAGAUGCUCGCCAGAGUAGACCAAACAUCACGUUGUUAUCUCUCGAAAAGGAGUCGUUCUUCGACGAGAUGUUCAGUGAAGUCACCUCAGCCCUGAGAGCAGGAGCCAACGUCAAAGAGAUCAAUACGAAGGACGCUGCACGGGCAAUGUUCAGUUCUCAAAGCAAACCGGACAUCAUACUCGUCACCGACGCGGCGCUUACUAAUAAGGAGUUCGCUCCCAUGCUCGACAUGGCAGUCGACUACGUCCAUCAGGGUGGGACGCUCAUCUUCAUGGCGCACUUUCCGUCCUUCGCUCGGCCACCCAGGAUCAAGAAGUUGUUUCAGGCCUUUGGCAGCCCAUGGCAGAGCGGCGACUACCAUCGGACGACGCAUCACCUCAACAACAGUAUGUCUCGGUUUGAUACUAGCAAGCUCGACUCCGCAUACAGUCAGAAAGCCUUGCAUCUGCAGAAUGUCGAGCGUGCCGACGCCAUCUAUCUGCCAACCGCAUCCUCCCAUACUGAGUCGAUGGUCUUUCCUGAUACUGUAGGCGAUCGUCGGCAGACUCCUGCCGCCUUCGGCCCAUGCUUGAGAGGUAUGCUGGGAUAUCUGGGCGACGUAAAUGAGGAGAAAGGUACUGAUAAGGUUGUACUGGCCAUGUGCGGCCUUGCUUAG